AUGUCGGAAUCGGAACCUAUUGCGAGUUCAAAUUCAAACACUUCAUCAGGUGACCCGGGUAGAAAAUAUGGAACUCAAGAUCCUAAAUGUAGGAACAAUUUCACUUGCCACUUUUGUGGUAAAGUAGUCAAGGGUGGUGUAUAUCAUUUUAAAUGGCAUUUUAUUAGAGGUCUAUCGGCUGUUACUAGUUGUCCAAAUUGUCCAGAACAUGUAAAAGAAGAAAUAAAGUCUUAUAUGCAGAAAAAAGAAGUAGCAAAGGUGGAGAAUUUAAUGAACUCAAGUUACUUGCAUUCAGAUGAUUAUGAUCUUGGUGAAGAGGACGAUGACUGUGUUGAAAUAGAAUGUGGGAAGAUGCUAGAAGCUACGAGAAAGCAUCUUUAUUGGACUCCAUGUGCUGCCCAUUGCAUAGAUCUUAUGUUAGAGGAUAUCAUGAAACAAAUUCCUCGGGUGAAAAGUUGUUUGAAGAAGGCAAUGUUCGCCAAUGGAUACAUAUACAACUUUGUUGGUCUAGUGAACUUGAUGCGGAAGUUCACAAAUCAAAGGAACUUGCAUAGGCCCGCAAUCACAAGAUUUGGUACAUCUUUUAUCACUCUUCUUCAAUUUCACAAACAAAAGAAUAACUUCAGAAAGAUGGUUAUUUCUCAAGAACGGAUGGAUAGCAAAUGGUCAACUGAACCAAAGGGAAAGAUGUUGCACUCCUACAUCUUACAAGAGACGUUUUGGAGGAAUAUUGUGUAUGCUCUCAACUUGACGGGCCCUCUUGUUAGUGUUCUUAGGUUAGUUGACAGGGAAAGAAAGCCGGCCAUGGAAGACCUAAUGUUAAGAGAAUUAAGCAAGUAUCAAAAUGCAGAAGGACUAUUUGGUAGAAAUGCGGCUAUUAGGCAAAGGAAGGCAAUGGCACCAGCGGUGUGGUGGACAACAUUUGGAUCUUCAUCUCCCAACUUGCAAAAGUUUGCUAUACGAGUUCUUAGUCUUACUUGUAGUGCUACAAGUUGCGAGAGAAAUUGGGGUCUGUUUCAACAUCUUCACACCAAAAAGCGGAAUAGAUUAGCACAAGAAAGAUUGAAUGACAUGGUCUAUGUGAAAUUCAAUCGUGCCUUGCAACGUAGAUAUAAGGAGGGAAGUAGUGAUCCUAUCAUCCUAGAAGACAUAGACGAAAGUAAUGAGUGGUUGAUGGGGAGGAUGGACAAUGAUGAUGAAGAUGAUGAUUUGGUAUUUAUUGAUGAUGAUCUUACGUGGGAUGACGUAGGUAGAGCUUCCGGGGCGUAUGAGACUCCUCAUUUCACUAGAGCAUCAAGAGGGAGCCGGAGAGUAAACGAUGAUGGGUUGGGUCCAUCAAGAGCUAGAAGUGCUAGAGGAAAAGAACAUGCUCUUCAGGAUGAAGAUGAUGAAGAUGAUGAAGUUGAGGUGGAAGCAUAUAUUGGAGGAUUUGAUAAUGAUGAGGGAGAUGAACCCAUGUUGUGGUUUGAUGAUGCUGAUCUUGGGGAGUAUUAG